GCCAAGUCUCUCCUCGUCCAACGUCAGCCUUCCAGCUACACUAAAUUACUAACUAGUCAACGUGCAUCACUAGUUUGAUUGGAUGUUGCGCCGGUUUGGACGGAGGCUGUGGAGAGGAAUUCGUGCUUUUGUCAGCCUCAUCGUGCGGCAGAUGUCCUUCCCCUUUUUAACCGAUCGGCCGUAGCCUAAAUAUAUUCAGGCAAGAGUGCGAGUCCGUGGCGCUCUCAGCCUUAUGAUCCUCCUCCCUGAUCAUCCAUGACUGACCAUGUCCCCCAACAUGAAACCCAUAACCGCGGAUCGACGAAGAGCAGGCGGGAAGAGAUCGCGAAAGGGAUGUCGGACCUGCAGAGCUCGUCAUAUUAAAUGCGAUGAGGCCCCAGGCUCAUGUCAGAACUGUACAUCCAGCGGUCGACGCUGCGAUGGCUAUGAUCUGUAUCGCUUGCCCCUGAAGGGAAGGUUACUGAAGAAAGACUCUCCGCCACAGGUCCGGGUGGAGAUUCUCAAUGGCUUUCGCUGGAAAAUGACCUCGGACGAGCGACGGUGCCUCUCAUACUUCCAAAACCACACUAUCCCCACCCUCCUCGGUCUGUUCGAUUCGACCCUGUGGGAAAAACUGGUCUUUCAGAUCUCUCAGUCCGAGCCGGCCGUAUACCAUGCCGUGGUCGCCCUCAGUGCGAUCCACUACGAUUCCGAAGCCAAGGGGAUGCCGUUGCCCAUGGACCAGCCACGUAAUACUUGGCAUCAAUUCGCUCUGGAGCAGUUGAGCCGCGCCUUUAAUCUGUUGACCAAGCGCCGCACAUCCCAGGAUCCUCGGUUCUGUAACGUCACGCUGGUCUGCUGUCUUCUGUUUGUGCUCUCGGAUCUGCUGCGCGGCCAUUAUGACAACGCAUUUGGCCACCUCCAGAGUGGUAUCCGGAUUCUGCAGGACCUCCAGGCCCAUCGGCAACUCAUCGCACCGACACCUCGGGAGGAGCUGGUCGAGCAGAGCCUGGUCGCCGCAUUUGCGCAUUUGGAUAUCAUGUCCACCCAUUUUGGAGUCGGGGGUCCGCUACUGUGCAUUGAGAAUGAGCUCAGCGACCAUCAGAUCGAUUGCGAUCCGUCCAUCCCAUUCCAGAAUCUCCAAGAUGUGCUCCGUGCGUUUGAACCCUACUUCAGUAUGGUGUUUCAGUUUAUUUCUCCCUGUAUGUAUCGCCCACCCGAUCACAUCGGUGCCGACUAUGAGGCAUUGCAUCUCCAACAGCUGCACAUCUGGUCCGGAAUGAGCCAUUUCAUCCGGCGUUUCAAGCAAUUCUACAGUAGCAUGUACACUCGUCUGAGUCGCGCAGAACAGAGGGGGACCGACCUAGUAGAGAUAUGGCUUCUGGGCCUAUCGGUAGCGUUAAAAACGUGCCUCGUGGGCGGAGACCUCACCGUCCUGGAUUGUUAUACAUCUGACUAUCACAUGGUCGUCAUCCGCACCGAAGCAUUCCUGCAAAAAUACCCAGAGCGACCGAGUAUCAGCAUUCAAUGUGGCAUCAUUCCUCCCCUCUUCCAUACUGCGUUCGCGUGUCGGGAUUACACGGUGCGGUGGCAAGCCUUGGAACUCCUGUGGGAGUGGCCACAUCGCGAGGGGACGUUCGAUUCUAACUGGUGUGUCUCUUUAGCCUCUCAAGCGAUAAAGCUAGAGCUGCAGGCAAAUAUUGUGAGCGGCCAGAUUCCUGAUGACACGACUCCCAUUGUCACUAAUCGAGCGGGGCAGCUUCUAUCGGUCAAGGAAGUCGUGGCCAUAAUAACGGACCACCAGCGACGGAUGCGCGUGUCCAAUGUCCAAGGGGCGCGCGAUGCGUCCAUGUUUGAGGGUGAAUUUUCUCCGCUGGAUCUCCUGGAAAGCGUCAAAUGCAUGUCCGGCUGGUCCUGUGUACGAGCCUUUAACGCUUUCGCCGCUCAGAUGGAAACCUAUCCGCGAUCCGGGCUUGUUCAGUAGGUCGGGAAUGACCUCGUCAGUAGAUACAAACCCUGUUGUUAUCACCAGCAACGAUAGCUACGCCGCAUGACGCCUGGGCAUCUCUCUGGCGCGCAAGUGGUCAGCUAUAUACCUUGUUGUGCUGCUUGUUUCAUCGUUCAGUAUAGAGACUGUAGUUCACGCUAGCUAUGUUACUAGUUCAAGAAAUCCUGGCCUCCGAAAGAUAGAAGGAGGCCCAUCAAGCUGUCGGGGACACGGAGAGGCGCCUGGCUGGGAGACUAGACUCGAAUAGAAGAACGAGUAGAAGAAGGGGAAAUGAGAGGAAAUGUGAUACUAGGGGUAAUGCUAGGGGAGGGGCUUCAGCGAUACGGCAUUAAAGAAAUAAACUUCUGUACUGAGUCGUCAUCCCUGGCAUCUACUUUUUUUUGAUAGCGUCCCGCAAGCAUUCUCAGACGAGUGAUGAUACUCGUACAAUUAUCUUACAAUCUUAAAUCAUAGCCACUAGUGAAGCAUACAGAGGAUGCUGCCAAUAGGAUGCAUCCUAACCCGGCGCUUGGGGCCAAUUUGUGGGCCAAGAGCAUAGCCUUUC